UUUUUUUUUUACCCUCCCCCUUAUCAUAUUUAUUGGACUUAUAGAACAUCUAUCUUACUGUUAUUAAUUAACUGAAUAGACAUCCUUUUUUUAUUUAUAAUUUUUUUAUUUGUUUGUUUGUUUGUUUGAAUACAUCAUCAUCAUCUUAUUUAUAACAAAACCAUGGCAUCAGAUUCCAAUCUUUCAACUCGAUCCACCAAAUCUGUUUUAGAUUCAUCUAUGGUAUGGUUAGGUCUUUAUUUCUUCUUCAACUUAAGUUUGACAUUGUACAACAAAAUCAUCCUAUCUUUAUUUGAUUUCCCUUUUCCUUGGACUUUGACAGCUGUACAUACUUUAUGUGGUGCUAUUGGUUCCUUUUUAUUUUGGAAAGCUGAUCUUUUUACUCCUUCUCAAUUGGGUGAAAGAGAAAAUAUGGUCAUGCUCAUGUUUUCUGUCCUUUAUACUAUUAAUAUUGCCAUUAGUAACGUUUCUCUAAACUUGGUAACUGUACCUUUUCAUCAAGUAGUACGUGCAAUGACUCCUUUGUUCACCAUUCUUUUGUCUGUUAUGUUCCUCAGUAAAUCAUAUUCAAGUAUGACUUAUAUCUCAUUAUUUCCGGUGGUAGCAGGUGUUGCUUUUGCCACAUUUGGUGAUUACAAUUAUACAACCAUUGGAUUCUUUUUGACAGUAUUGGGAACUAUCUUGGCAGCUGUAAAAACAGUGGUUACAAAUCGAGUACAAGUAGGUCGACUCAAGCUUCAUCCAUUGGAUCUAUUAUUACGGAUGUCUCCUUUAGCCUUUCUUCAAACUACCGCUUAUGCCUAUCUCACUGGUGAAAUGGCCCUGGUACAAGAAUUCAUGCAAACACGCGCCACAUGGUCUUUUGUCUUUGCUUUGUUGGUCAAUGGCGUUUUGGCCUUCUUUUUAAAUGUAGUAAGUUUUACUGCUAACAAGAAAACAAGUGCUUUGACUAUGACUGUGGCUGGAAAUGUCAAACAAGUACUAUCUAUCGUUUUGGCCGUGGUGAUCUUCAACUUACCUUUGACUUGGAUGAACUCUGUGGGGAUUUUAUUGACUCUUGCUGGUGGUGCUUGGUAUACGUAAGUGAAAUUAUUUUUUUUAUUUUAUUUCUGUAAAAACAUGAUUGAUCUCAUGAUUUAUUUAUUACAAUAGUCAAGUGGAAAUGCAAGAAAAGAGUCGUGCCAAGAAAUUCAAUGAUUCUUUACUGGUAACUACCAUGACUCGUGAUGAAGCUGGAAAGCCUCAAUUUUAGAUAACACAACCUUUUUACAUUUAGUUUCUUUUUUAUUGCAUUCAUAUAUUUAUUCCUUUUUUUUUUUUGUAUUCAGCACUUAUAUUCUACUUUGUUUACCAUCAUUUUUAUCAUCAUACAUCAUUAUCAUCAUCCAUCAUUAUCACACCCUUUUUUUUUUUUAGUUUAUUACACAAGACUGGGCACACACACACACAUACAUAUAUAUAUAUACACAAUAUACUCACAUAAUAAAAAAAAAAC